AUGGCCCGUGGUGGAACACAGCAAUGCGGGGGGUUCUUCUCGCUGGAGCCUGUCUGGAGGCUGACCUCCGCAUGUAUAUGUGGCCGGCCCAUUGGUGUCCACAAUCUCCGGAAUACUGGCAGUGCAAUUACAUUGCCUGAUCCCGACUUGCUCCCUUCUGUUGCCACCAUCUCUCCCUCCGCACCAGCUCGGGCGACCACUGCCCUUGCCAGUAUCCCCUCGGCUUCCCCUAUCCAAGCAUUCAUCGGUCUUAGGGCAGCCAUUGGUGGCGAGGCAGGACGUCGAACUGCAGCUGAGCGCCACCGCUCGUCCAACACCAGAGCCAUAGGCCCACCAUCGGGUGUACCAUCCACUACAACCUUCCGCGGACUGUUGUUUCCAUGGGUGCCUCGUGAGACAGGUUCCGACCUGGCUGGAAUCUACGCUGCUCCAAAGGUUACAUAUAACAACGAUCAAUUUGGCCAGAUGCAACUCCGUGCUCAGAACACGAACCUCACCUGGACAUUCGAGCUUAGCGGCACCGAUUCAGUGUGGCGACAGCUUAAUGACUUGGUCUUAGCACGCUGCGAGGAACUUGGUGUCGUGGUGUCCCGCCGUCCCUCUGAUAUAACAUAUAGUGUCACGACCAUGGAGUUUCUCUUGUUAGCCCCUGGUUCAACAUCGCGUGCCACCGGCAACGUAUCGUAUAAGCCUGCAUCACUAACUCCGGACACCUUCACCACUGCAACACUUCUCAAGAAGCCGUAUGCCAGUACACAAAAUCACCUUGACCGUCUUCCUAUCCUUAUCAUCGCUCCACGUUUUGGACAUCUUAAGGGACCUCUUGGAGCGUUGGCUCAGGGUCACGAUGAUAUUCUUCAUCCCGAUAAGACUCACAGCUGCUGGCCUCACCGUAUCAUGGGCAUGCCAGUGGUAUGCUUACCCAAUUGUGUCCUGGAGCCUCAAGGUAGUCCUGAGCCUGGUGACAGGCCACACGCUGAGCCGCCCUCUCCUCCAUCUGUUGUUGAGGAUGAUCAUUUUCCUAAUUCCGUCCACGAAAUGCUACAUCUUUUCACCCAAACGGCUACUACCGAACCUGUGGGGUCAAGGGGUUUGCUCCAUGCUCUUGACCAGAUAUCGAGCAUCCCAGCCUCUACAUUUCCAGCUUCCCCCAAUCUGCCUCCAACACCAGCCCUUACCAGCACAGAUCAGGCUAACCGGCUUCCAACUCUUCCUGAUAUUAUCGAUCUGUCCUCUCCUGAGCAGCCGGAACGGAUGUCAAUACAACAUUCCGGCCGCGCCGUUAGCCCAAUUGUUGUUCAUUCACGGUCGCCGUCGCCUCAGCAGCGUCGUACUCGCCGUCGUGUAGCACCUUCAGCAGUAUUUGUUCCCAGCACCAACCCUCUGAGCAAUACUACAAUUACCGUAUACCCGUCUCCUGAACGCCAACGCUGGCCAUUGGGUUUCGUACACUCGAGGGUCAAGUCAUUUGUUCCAUUCACAGGUCCUGAUAUCAACACCCCUGUCGUCUGGACCAAGCAGAUCAGGGACAACAUGCCUCAUAUUGCAUACUCUGAUUUCCCAUACUUUUCUGGACCAACGGUCGAUAUUCUUGCACAAGCGCUCAUCUUAUUCAUUGCUUAUCAGCUUUUUCCUGGCAAGAAGCAGACCAACGUACUGUGGCAACAGAUGUUACGGCAACAUUUUCCGGAAGAUAACGUCCAGGUCAAAUUUGUCCCCUUGAACGCUCUUCUUGGACCAACGCGAACCUUUGUUGUUGGCCAGGGUAUUGGGCAAGCCCCUGAAGCCGCGGUCUGGAGACAUGCAUGCCAGCUAAUGGUCAUUGAAGAAUAUCAUUGGACGCAACGCGGUGACUUCUACACCCUUCGCUUCCAUCCUGCCACCAACCAGAUGCUUCACCGUGGCGUUAUGUUGCAGGUUGCCGGAUUUAUGACCAUGGCGCACUGUUUCCAUCUGAAGGCUGCCCCACCGAGCGUGUCUCCCUUUCUCCUCCAGGCUGUCAUUGAUGGACGCGAUUCACUCCAGAUUGAUGUACCAUUUAUCAAGUCUGUUGACCCGUCCAUACUUCCUUCUCUUGCCUGCUGGACAGACCGCGAUCCAGCUGCACCCUUGGUUGCAGAUUCUCUUCGUGGACCGCUCGGUGCACUACUUGCCGAGGCUGAUAUUGAUACACUUGCUUUGCGCUCGACUAUGUCAGACAUUGAGCUGCCAGGUAUUGAGCGCAGCCUACUGUCGCUCAUUACGAUGGGCCACAAGGACCCACCGAGCCAUCCCGACUUUCAGCAGUUUGCCAUUGGCUUUAAUUUUGAUUUGGGAAAUGGUGUUCGUGUAUUUGAUACUAUGUCUGGCUCAGCGAAGCCCCUUUUGUCAGCCCUCUAUGGCCGGACGGUCAUUGAUGUCAAGCAGGUGACCUCAAGAAUUUUUGCAGUCCAUAACGAGAGAGCUGUAGAGUCGCGACGCUUUUGUGCUGCAUUAACUCGGUACUGUCAAGGAGUGGGGCACCCUGACCACCCGUGGACGGCAUCUGUCACCAGCGAGCAGCGCGAGUCUGUCCAUGGCGAUCGUCUACUUCGAGCUCGCCUACUUCUCAAGUUGAUGCGUGGCACCGAUCUCCUUCCAGUGGAGUCAGGUUGGACAUUGAAGUUCCGGUUCACGUUCUCUGACGAAGACCAGUCAAAGGCUGACAUGCCACCUCCCAUUGCCUUCAAGGGAUGCUUUGGCGAAGGGAUUGUGACAAUGGAUAGGAGUCUGGCAAGGUUGCUCAUGGAGUCCGAUGCAGGCGAAGGCACAGACACAGCCUUCGAUGCGUGGAUCCACAUGCAGCUCCUUGAGGACUCAUUCAAUAAAGAAUAA